CAUGUCUGAAGCUUCCAGUCCACUGCACGAAAUACCGGAAGUCUUCCGGUUGCGUUCCGCAGUACCUGAUCGCCUUAUCCAUCUACUUCCAAAACAUCUGAAGCAAGAAGUUCCCAACCAUGUCCUUUUUUCAUAUCCGAAAACCUCCAGUCCUCGUGAUGGCUUCAUCGAUGUAUCCGCAGCGAUGUUUGCCGACGCUGUGGAUCGGACCGGUUGGUAUCUGAGGACGACUCUCGGAGAGCCUACAAACUUCGAAGCUGUGGCUUACAUGGGACCAAAUGAUCUCAGGUACUUCAUGUUCAUGUUCGGUGCGAUCAAAGUCGGGUAUAAGAUGCUAUUUCUUUCUCCGCGCAACAAUUUGGAAGCGCACAUCAACGUUCUCAAAGGAGUAAACUGCGAAGUGUUCUUACAAGCGCAAGACAUGGACAUCGACGCGAUCCUAGAUGCUCGGCCCAUGAAAACAGGGGUAGUCCCUGAACUUGGCGAACUCUUGCAUUCGGAGUCCCCAGUGUUGGAAUAUCCAUACACCAAGCCAUUCCAAGAGGCCAGAAAUGACCCCGCCCUCGUUCUGCACACCACAGGCUCCACGGGAUUGCCCAAACCAAUUACCUGGAAGGUGGGGACCCUGAGCACAUACGAGGCUUGGCGGACGAUUCCUCAUGUUGGCGACUAUGUCCCCACGACCGAGAUAUACCAGGAGUCACGCCGAGUGUAUACGUCUAUGCCCCUGUAUCACACCAGUGGUUUGAAUGCUGGCAUCACUUGGGCCCUCCUGUUGGGCGUGACUCUUGUCUAUGGCGCACCCCACGUCGUUCCGAAUCCUGCAUACGUGGACGAGAUGCACCAAUAUGCUGGAGUCGACUCUUCCAUGGGAGCACCCUCACUAUACGAAGAGCUGAGCCGCGACGCGACCGCACUCGAGACGAUCAACAAGUUCCACUACGUUGUCGCGAGCGGAGCGCCGCUCUCCCAAACCGCUGGGAACUUGAUAUCAAAACACACACGAGUUAUCAGCAACCUUGGAUCCACCGAAACAUCCUGUCUACAGCGACUUUCACCCAGCAUUGCCGACUGGGACUACUUCUACUGGCACCCGACCCACUCUGGCAUCGAGAUGCGGGAAGUAUACGACGGUCUGUUCGAACUAUUCCUCGUCCGCGACCCCAAGCUGUCACUGUUUCAGGGCAUCUUCACCAACUUCCCCGACCUCCAGGAAUGGUCCAUGAGUGAUCUGUACGAAAGACAUCCCGACCCGUCGAAAAGCUACCUUUAUCGAUAUAAGUGCCGCAAAGAUGACGUUAUCGUUCUCAGCAACGGUGAAAAGGUUGCCCCUGCUCUCAUGGAAGCAACUUUGAUGAGCAGUCCUCUGGUAAAAGGUGCCAUGAUCGUCGGACGAGGCAAGUUCCAACCCGCAGCACUGAUAGACCUUGGAAAACGACCGCCUCAGAUCGUGCGUCAACGCCACGACCUCGUUCAGAGCCUGCUUCCUGUCAUCAACGAUGCUAAUGAGCAUGCGCCUGCCCACGCGAAACUCGAUCAGUACCAUAUAUUGUUUGCGGAUCCGGAGCGACCUGUUCACUACCUAGGCCAGGGCAAGAUCCAGAGGCAUCGCACGUACGAAUUGUACAAGGACAGUAUCGAGCAGCUGUAUGAGUCGGCGGAGAAUGCGGAGGAAAAUGUUGGCCUUUUGCAAUCAGAAGUCAGUGACAUGCCUCAUCUUGACUUCUACAAGAGGGAAAACAUCAUCCAAUGGUUACAGCAGCUGCUUUCUCAGCUCACUGAAAAGAAGGAGUUCGGUGAGCAUGACGAGUUGUUCGCGAACGGGGUCGAUUCCUUGCAGAUCAUCCGAAUCGCUCGCGAGCUUCGAUUCCAAGCCAAGGCCGCUGGGUUGACCGGCUUCGGACCCGAGGUACUGACGCCGAAGAUGAUCUAUGCGCAUCCGACUCUUGGGCAACUAUCUUCUUUUCUGAUGCAGCAAAGCAUGAGUAGAAAGCGCCGAAAUUCGUUGCAAGGGCACGGCCGGCGGACAAGUCGAGACUUGGGACUUGAUCAUCAUGAAAGCGUGGGCGCCGCCGGGCAAGGGAACAACGCCUUGGCAACCAUGCAAGCCCUCUUGCAUCGAUACAGCCACGACCUCCCACGUCAAAGCGCGUCACGACCAAGGCCAACGACGAGAAACAUGACGGUCCUGAUAACCGGAAGUACUGGAUCAUUGGGCUCGUACAUUCUGGAGACACUGUACAGGGAUAGCAACGUGCAGCAUAUCGUAUGCCUUAAUCGAGCCUCCAACGCUGCUCAAAGGCAUAGCCAGCUCGGGCCUAAACGUGGAUUAAGCCACUUAGAUCCAUGUCGCGUCGAAUUUUUCAAGGCAGAUCUGUCUCGGAAGCGGCUCGAUCUCGAAGACUCGGUCUAUGAAAGACUGCUGGCCACUGUCACACACGUCGUCCACAACCAGUGGCCAGUAAACUUCAAUUGGCCGCUUAGUUCCUUUGAGCCGUAUGUCAGAGGGACUCGUCACCUCGUUGACUUGUGCAUCGCAUCGGCUCACAACGCCCACAUGACGUUCGUUUCUAGUGUUUCUGCUGUUGGGGCCUGGUCCGGCUCAGGUCCAGUCCCAGAAAACUCAUUCCCGGAACUGAAUGUGGCGAGCAAUCUCGGAUACGGCCAAUCGAAGCUUACGACAGAGGUUCUGCUGCAAAAGGCUGCUCAGGUAUCUGGUGUGAGGUCUGCUUGCUGUCGCGUGGGUAUCGUAGCUGGACCCGUUCAGCAACGACUCGGCCUGUGGAACAAGCACGAGUACAUUCCAUCGAUCAUCAUUUCGUCAGCUCACUUGGGCGUCUUUCCAGCCACGUUUCCGUCGCGCGACCACGUGGAUUGGUUACCAGUGGAUAAAGUAUCUCGCAUCCUGUUCGAGGUCAUGGUCUCCACUUCCGAGAUGCUAAAUUCUCCUGAAAGCGGCACGCAGGUAUAUCACAUCGUUAACCCUCGAACAGUGAGGUGGAGCAGUGAUUUCGCCAACGAUGCGCUGGCUCUGUAUCCACAGGGCACCCACGUGCGACCUGUCAUGUUCGACGAGUGGGUGCGCGCACUGAACGAUAGCACUUCUGAGAUCGACCGUGACGGAACGCUUCAGCUGGAUCGAAACCCGGCAGUGCGAUUACUGGACUUUUAUUCAGCAGCUUCGAGGCCGGACCAAGAGCCUCGAUCAUUCAUAACGCGCCGGGCGGAGAAAGCGAGCAAGACUCUACAGGAAACUGGUCCGAUCAACCGCGAAUGGCUCAGCAAUUGGAUGGUGCAAUGGGGGUUCAGGAAUAACGUACCCGGCAAGCGAGUCGCGAAGGCAAGCGAGUCGCGAACCCCACCAGCGUUUCCCGCCUCUACAGCAAUCUAUCUCAACAACACAAUAAGAUAA